AUGAGCUUAGAGACAAAGUGGAGUGUGCCAGAGAAGCCAACUUUUGAUAUCCUGGCGUUUGGGCACAGUAAUUCAUGUAAAUCAACUAUCGGUCACCUCAUUUACGAAUGUGGUGGUAUAGAUGGCCGAGCUUUUGAGAGAGUCAAAAAUAGGGAAAAAGCAGCAGAGAAAAAGGGAUCUGUUGACUAUGCAAAGCUCCUCGACAAACUGAUUGUCGAGAAAGGAAAUACUAUGAGCGGAAAUAAAGAUAUUUGGAAAUUUCAGACGAACACGUAUGAUCUCAAUAUCAUUGACGCCUCCGACGAGCAUGAUAACAUCGAAAAAAUGAUCCUUGGCGCUAGCAAGAUCCAAUGUGCUCUCCUUAUCCUUUCUGCUAAGACCGAGGAAUACGAAGCAAGUUUCUCAAAGGACGGUCGGAUUCGAGAACACUUUCGUCUUGUCAGUUAUCUUCUCAAUGGCAUCGACUUUAUCGUUUGUGUUGACGACAUGGAAUCUUCUUCAAAUUCGUUAUAUAGCGAGAAAAAAUUCAACGAAAUCACCGCGGAAAUUUGCAAAUAUUUCGAGCAGAUCGACAUCGACCCUGAAGCUGUUCCCUUUAUCCCUAUCUCAUCAUUGCACGGUGACAACAUCGUUGAGCCUUCAGCAAACAUGACCUGGUUCAAAGGAUGGAAUAAGAAGGUCGAAGAAGGCACGUUCUCCGGAAAAACGCUGAUUGAAGCGCUAGACAGGAUUAUCCAUCCCAAACGAGUAGCUCCCCUUACAACUAUAAAAUCACUUCCAAAGCCACUACGACUUCCUGUUUAUAACGUUUUGUAUCACAACGGUCAAUAUCUUAUUCUCGGUCGAGUCGAGACAGGUGUUAUCAGGGUUGGUAUGGACGUUUCCUUCUGUCCCCUCAAGCUCAAAGGAGAAGUUAAAUCGAUACACUUGAUUAAUUGGGGUUCUUGGCCCGAGUCGAUGUCUUCUAGACAGGUUUCUGAAGCCUCCAUCGGUGACACUGUUGGAUUCACCCUCAAAGAUACUCUUGUUAGAGUAUCAAUGAAGCCUUCAGAAGGUUUCGUCUCCAUCAAAGAAAUUCAAAGAGGCAGCGUUGUCUCUGACUCCAAUUACCCUGCCAAGGAGGCGAAAAUUUUUAAAGCUGAAGUUCUAAUCACAAAUCACCCAACUCGUAUCACUCGCGGCUUCUCUCCUAGAUUACAAUGUUUCAAUCAGUACAUUACUUGCGAGUUCACAAAACUCAUAGCGAAAAAAGAUAAAAGGUCAGAUAAAUCGCUUGAGAACUAUCCUGAAAUGCUACGAAGCGGUGAUUUUGCUCUUGUCGAGAUUACUCCAACUGAGCCAGUUUGUGUUGAGCCCUUCAAGGAUUAUCCAGGCUUAGGAAGAUUCGCCAUUACAGAUAUAGUUAUGAAACAGACCGUUGGCGUCGGUGUCAUCAUGGAGGUUGAAAAAUAUGAAGAAAAGGAAACCGACAAUGACUACAAGUCGGAAAAAAUAAAGAAUGAAAAAUGA